UUAAAAACAUAAGCUUGGAUUCGUCUUGUUUUUGUAGACUGUCAGUACUGUGGUUUUACUGCGGUUGUUAAUAAAAAUAUCUAAUUCAAGAGCCAUUUCCGAUAUGGAUAGCGAUGAGAGUUCAUUAAAGAUCAUAAAUAGGUCAGCUAUUUUGGAACUUGAUAUAAUCAUACACAAAGAGUUUACCAUUGUUGCCGAGUUUGAUACAAGUCUAAUUAAUGAACGCGUGGCACCAUGUGAAUUUCCUGACUUGGAAAGCCUCGCAGUGUUGUGAACGGACCAUUCCACGCGCUUACUCUUAGUCUGAAAUCACAGACUAGCACACAUGAAUAUAUUCUGCUAUUAUUCAUGAGAAUGGGCUAAACUUAGCCUGACAUGGCAUUGUUUCGCCUCGUACUGUUGUCAGUGUCAUUACAUGAUGUUAUCUCGCACCACAUGUGGUAUCGAGUGCAUUUGUGAAUGCAAAUCUAUGAGCUUAAAAGAUCUUUCUAAUCUCUCAUAAACGUAACUCGGCAUUAAAUUCUAAGCAGGUAACUUCAGCUUGCGGGAAAAAUCAGCGCCAUCAUAUCGGAUUCCGAUCGCCAAAUCUCUUAGAAUUAUUGCUACAGCAUAACCAACAGUUAACAUAUUCGCUUAAGAGAAACGUGAGUGAUCUAAAAGAGGGAUUAACAAAGAAAAUAUUGACACAAUCACAGACAGUGUCCCCAAUCCGUGGAUAUAAGACUCCCUAUCUGAAAUCGUACACAGUUAUACAGUACACAGUUGAAAUAAAGCUUCGCGCUGUAAAAUUAUGUCAAUGUUCAAACUUUAGCUGAAUAACAAGACUUUCAUAUGGCAUUUCAACUAUGUCUGCAAUUCGUUCCAAGAAUACCCCGUGAAGUUAGUACAAUACUAAGGCGUACCAGGGGUAGGGAGAGCAUUGUAGACAUCAGACUUCUCCUGCGGAUAUAUUGCACCGACUGACUCAACAAAUCCGGUACCCCCUCCCUCGCGCGCUACGGACAUCUGUACAUGGUAAACAGCAUGCAGGUUCGUACCGGAGCCUGCAUGGUUUUAGUGUCUUCCGCGGACUAGUCCGGCCAUCAGGUAAAAUUGCAUGCGCGGCGAGGAAGGACGGGAUUUAUACCACACGCUUUCGUAUGCUGCAUGACCCUUCCAAAAAUACGAACAGGAACGCAAAAAUUCGAAACUUCUCUGCCACAACUCUGUAUAUCCAUUUUGCGAUUCUCAAACCUUCAUUUAUUUCUACACCCUAAGGAUAUCAUGUAAAGAAUGCGCUUGUCUAUAUAUACAACAUGAAGAUAUAUUUAAUGUUUCAGUGAACAUUUCGACCGAAUUUAGCAACAAUCGAACCUUACAUAACUUUGAGAAAUGCCUGCGCGAAAAGAAGGCUUAUUUAGAGUAUUAACUAUAUUAUUUACAAUUGGGUGGCAUUUUAACACCAAGCCUUUCCGUCAUCCUACGGCAAGCAUUCGGGGCUUCCGCAAGUACAUAUAACUUGGUAUACGCGGAGGUGUAUAUGAAGGCCAAGGUUACAACUUACAAGGCUACAAAGAGUUCUUCAACCUUUCCUGGCAGUCAAAACUAUACGAUUUCGGGAAAUUCUACGAGAAAUUUCGGUCAAAACUAAGAAGUCACUUUCGUCCUUGCCAACGACAAUCGCUUUCAGUAGUUUCUGUUUUGUUUUCGUGACGUCAAGUACUUCUCUAGGAAGCAAUAAACUAGUUAUCCUGCACGUGCAGACGUUUAAAAUCGUACGUAUUGUUGCAUAACUUUUGCUUGUAGGCUUACGUAAGGUUAGCAGUGAACGCCAAACGAACCGUUGCUUGCGUUUUGAGAGUCGAGUGCUUGCCCUCCUAUGAUGUCAAAUGAUUAAUACAAUUUCGAGGGGGGAAAGUGUUGGAUAAAUGUGACGAAGUCAAUUUUCACUAACGACGCACUUCACGUCGAGAUGUAAUUCCAUAUAGCACAGCAUCAACUGUGGUAUAACAACUGCCUAAAAUAGACAAAACACGUCUCGACGUUUCGACCUGAGGGCCUUUGUCAGGAGAGUUACAGCACAGGCAGUUAUACCACAUUUGAUGCUAAGUUGUUGGAAGACGCUGCCACGCUACUCCCUAGUUAUAUUGGGACGUAUUUCCAUAUAGCACAGUUGGAGAAACUUCGGCGAUAUUUUUAAACUGUAUAACUGACGUAACAUGGAAGUCUGAGUUAUAUAUCGCAACAUGAAACAUCCUAUCAACCCAGUAAGUAAGCUUCCCAUAAAAACAAGUCACAUACAGAAAUAUUACAAAGACUCGCUAGGUCUUGAACUUCCCGAGAUAGGGGAUCAGUUUACAGGCUAAUUUUAGUUCACAAACUACAGAUGGCUUGUAUGUUGCGAUGUUUAGUGCAAAAUCUGUGAUGAUUUCGAAGUAAAAUAGCACGUAACGCACAAAUGAACAAAUUACGUUCAAAUUAAAAGUGUUUUGUAUAGUUAAGUUGUUUGGCAUUGUUGAAGAGUUCACCGGAUUUAUGUAUGUAUUCAACGUAUGUCUGAAUUAUUUCUUUGAAGCUAAGCUGUGAUACGCGUCAAAUGACGCGUUUGACGUCACACGAAACGUUCGCUCGCGUAAGGGACAUGCGCAAAAUCUAUCGAAGACCUAAACGACUUACUUCAAAGCCGUUCUGGAUGUUCUGUCCUAUGUCAAGAGGCGCAUUUCGAUAGGUAAACACGAUUUACAAUGACGAAAGCUAAACAAAAGCCUAAGAAGCCCGCUAUAGUGAAAGAAGAGACGUCUGUAAACAACGAAACCAAGGUGCAAGCUGUCGACGCCCUAGAAACGAAUGCACCAACCAACCAACCAGAAGUAUUCCAACCACCACAAAUUUCACAGAACUCGAGAAGUACAGCAGCCAAACCAUGGUUUCAGACCGAAAUUCUAAGCAUGAUGUACGCAUUCGGUGACGCGAGGCGACCAAGCUCGGAGUCUGCUCGGCUUAUCGAAGGAAUAGUGCACCAACAGAUUUCCAAACUGGUUGUCCAAACAGCCGAGGUCACAGCAUUAAGAGGCGGCAAGUUCAUGCACACAGAAGACAUUAAAUUUCUUAUGCGAAAAGACAAGGACAAGCUAAGAAAGCUGAACCAAUACCUCAGUUUCAAAGAAAGCAAACAGAAAUUGAUUAAACAAGUUUCACAAGAAGAUGAUGAAAUUCUCGGAUCGUUUGCUGGAAAUGACGCGAAGGCAGGAAACAAACGAAGAAGAUUAUCAGAUCUAGGCACAUCCGAUUUCAAAGAUGACUCGGGUCUUUUGGGAGAUGAUAGUUACGAUCAUAGACGUGACAGACUAGAGAGAGCCGAGCGCCUGUCCAGAACCUUAGACACACAGCAGUAUUUGGAAUUCGUUGAAUGUCGUCAAGCUAACUUUAAUAAAAAGGCCGGAAAGUUCAAGGAAUGGCUGGACUAUUCAAACCUAACAGAUUUAAAGCCAAAUUCACCAGUCAUGGAAGUGUUCAGCUACCUCGCCUACGAGACUGUCGGACAGAUUGUAGAUUUAGCUCUGCUUGUUAAGAAGGACAUGGAAAGAGGCGAUGAACUAUCAGCAGUAAUGCCUUUACUACGACAAAACAACGCUUCAAAGAUCAAUUUACCAUUCAUAUCCACACCGUCCUUAUCUACGAGCAGGAGUUCCACCCCUACCCCACCAGGUACACCCACAACACCGACCGGAAACGCACCUCCAUCGUUCCCAAACACAGGUGGCGCAGCGGGAAGUGGGGCAACGGUAACGUCCUCGAACACAACUGGCAUCAAUUCUAGUUCAUUAGUGACGACAUCGAAAUCGUCGAAAAGCAAGAAAAAGAAAGCCAAGUUGAGUUCGAUGGUAUCAAGCGACUUAUAUUCAGAUUGUCUCCAGCCAGAGCAUAUACGUGAAGCAAUGAGACGAUACUGCAGCAGUGUUGGUCCAAUGGCUCCAUUCGCGCCGUAUAUGAAGACUACGCCUACGUAUAGGACUUUGUGCCUUUGAUUUACAAGCAGAAAAGUUUUAUUUACAUAACAAUCCACUGAUGUCG